AUGGCACAACAAACUCAGCCCAGCGCGGUGUUAACGCUGCGGGAUCACACAGACUUCACAAACUGGAUGACGCAACUCGAAGCGCGAUGUGUCGCGUACAACAUCUGGAGCAAAAUUGAUCCAUCAUCCACUGAGAUCCCACUACGCGAACCGAUAAAACCUGUCCUACCAAAAGCCGCCGACUACACUCCAGCCGCGAACGUCGAGAUACCCCAACGACCAUCCGACCUCUCCGCAGGGGCCAGAGGGCGUAUAAGGAGGACGUCGAAUACUACAAACUACAAAGCGAGGAAUACAAGAGCGAUCAACGGCUCUACGAUAAAGAACAAGCGGCAUGGCAACAUAUCGUCGCGUUCAUACAGUCCACGGUGUCACCGCAUCUCGCGAGCACCUGCUGCCUCCCCAAACUACCGCUACGACAAUGGAUAA